AUGGAUGUUGAAGUUCUUUGCACAGAUCAUUUAAGAAAAAGUAGUGAUACUAGAGACUCCUCUUCUGAAGCUGUAACUCUAUGUAAACCAGGAAAAACCCAUGCAUUGAUAAGAGAUGAAGCUCAAGUUUUAUCAAGUGAUGAUCUUAAAGCAACAGAAACCCCUCAUUUAGGCAUAUCACUUCCUUAUUUGGACUUGUCUGUUAUCCCCACUGAAUUCUUACUAGCAGAUUCAUGUGGCACUGUGGAAUGCAAUGUUGACUUAAACUUGAGUUCUCAGAAGCAACCUGACCUGGCUGCGCCAAAAACUACGUGGGACUCCUUGGAUUCUACUAGCAGAAAUAAUGCCACUGUAUUGCAUGAACUGUCUCCUCCAGAAAUGUCAGCUGCGAGAAUUGAAAGAAAAUACGAAAUACUCUACAAAUAG